AGGAUCAAGGUAUCGUAUACGAGUAAAAAUUAAUUUCUCUACAUAUGAUAUCUAUUGAAAAAUUGAGAGGCCAACUUUCCUGGCUACAAUCGAUAAAAUGUUGAAAAUUGUAUACGCUAAAGCCUCCGCCAAUCCAUCGCUCAAUAAGGUAAUACAGUCCGCCUCGCCGCUAUAGCUAAACUGUACUCGCCAGGGAAAUUCGACAAAUACCGAACAAGUAAACUUCCGCGUACACGUAUAUACACCUCCGAUACAUGUAUAAAUGAACUCUGCAUCUCAUCGAUCAAGCCCUACACCGACGAUUCUCUAUCUCGAGCUCCGCACUUGGCGUAUUGAGGAUAAAUUUAAAUACACGAAAACGUACGAAAUUUAUAAGAAAAAGAUAAUGGUAAAGCAAUGCUGCAACGAGCGAUAUAAGCAAAUACACGUGUGCCUGCCCCCACUCUGGUCCAAUCAGUUUUGAUAUAAAGUUUUUGGCAGUAAAGCGCUGAACGUUUGAGAGAGAAAGAGAUAGAGGCAGCGAUGCCUUGGCGUAUAAAAAUACACUAUCGUCGCAAAUGUAUAAAUAACUUUGGCCGAAACAAGUUGCAGCGAAAUAUUAAAAUUGAAGAUAUGAAGCGCUCUUUGGCUUAAUAAUAUUUCUCAGGAGGGCUGUGCACCCUUCCCACUUAGUCGGGCACGAGCACGCUUUUACCAUCUCUCUCUCUCUCUCUCUCUCUCUCUCUCUCUCUCUCGCUCUUGAAGAAAAGCUCUCUGCCAAAAAGCUCUCUGCCAUGCUUAGGCCCCCUGCGCAGUGCUUGCACUUACUCUUCCGGAUAUUAUAAACGGCGCGGGUGACAAAGUCUCUUCGCGCAGCAGUUGACCAAGCAAGGAGCUCUUCUUAUCGUCAAAAUUUCGUCCAAAGUAAUGUUUUACCCAGUAGCCGACUGUUUUGUCCUUUUAUUUGUAUCAUCGUGAUUAUUUGUGCGUGACUAAUAGCGCGAACAAUGCCAAAGCCGACUUUCGACGCUAGACCACGAGUCUAUAUAUGUGCAUGUGUGUCUGUGACGACGUGAAUAUCUUCUGUUGUCGUUGAUCACACGCGCGAUUGCCAUGUGUCCACUACUGACAUUUCUCGAGCCGCCGUUGAGUUGACGAGAGGACGACGCAGUGAUCCACAGUGACUACAGAAUUGUGUUCCAUGUGUAACCACUUGCGGAUUGUGAAAUAACAAAGCUCGAUCAUUUCGAAGCGACUGUCUGUCACGCGAGUACAAGUACACAAAUAGUCGCGCAAUUAUGAAUCUUAUGUUCCGCAAGAACUUUGAGAAGAGCGGCGGCGGCGGCAGCGGAGGAGGCGCCGUCGGAGGUGGCUUCGGGGGCGGCGGAGGCUUCGGCGGAAUAGGCGUCGGAGGCUCGAGCUGCGGCUCCUCCGACAGGCCUGUCCUGGCGGGCGGUCUGGGCCUCGGCGUAGCCGGUGGCCUGGUCGGUGGGGGCUUGGGCCGCCGCGACCACGGCCACCACCAGCCACGACGCAGCCGGGAGUUCGGCGGCCAGGAGCUCGACGGACUGGGCUUCGGCCAGAGCCAAUCCCAACCCGCUUAUCGGACUCAUCUGCUCUUCGGUCCCCAUCCAGGCUCGCAGCAGGACCAGGAGGAGCAGCGCUACGGGACGCUGGUCGGACCGAGGCGCACCUCCGGUGGCGGACCGCACCAGCUCAAAUGGGGAGGACAGCAGCCGGCCAAUGCCAAUUACACCAACAACAACCUCGGCGGCAACGCCAACCUCCUCAACAACAACAACAACAACAUCAACAAUUACGGGGGUAGCGCCCAGCCGCAGCCAGUGCAGAGGAGAAAGACUGGAUCGGUGCAGCAUCGGCCGGGAGGCGACGAUCUGCCUCUCACGCCUACCACCGCUUCCAGACAGGUAUCGUUUCACGGCAAGGGUAGCAGUCUGCACGGCGGACAGUAUGGCUCGGUCAUACAGACGCAUCAGAGCAGCAGCAGUCCGGCGCGCAGCGAGCCCAUCAGCUUGGCGACCCUCGACAAGGACUGCUUCAUCAUCCCGUUGGCGGCGCUCGAACGAUUUCUCCCGGCCGGGGUGCCCAGAUUGCCGAGCGCCGACAAGCGCCGACCGGGCAGCCCGCUCUCGGUGCUCGAAGUCGAGGACCCGAAGCAGUGCAUACUGGCGCACUUCAUGACGUCCAUGGAGCCGAUCGAUCCACUGGUCGAGUCGCCCGUGUCGAAGCCGCUGGUGCUGCAACGCGACACUGCCGCCGAACUGCUGACCGAGCUCGCUCCAGCCGCCACUCAGAGCAUACUGCUCACCAACAUGGAGCGAAAUGCUGAUUUUCCGUUCAUCGCCUACUACGUGGUAAACAAGCAGAAAACCGAGCCGGUGGAUUUUUACCAGGAGGUGCAGUGCGCAGCUCUUAAGAAAUUCGACCCGCGAGAUCUGCGCUACGCGGCCAAUCACAAUCUCGACCUGUUCAACGAGGUCGCCACGAUAGCCCGUCCUCCGCUCGAGCCACUCGGUGGUCGACCGCCCAUUCCCUCCACUGGCUACAUCGUCUCCAUCUUCAAAGUCUUCGAGGGAGACGACGGCCUCAAGUUCGAGCAAAACUGGCUCUACUGGACCGGUGCGCGAAUGAUGUACCGAUAUCUGCCAAAGAACGUCGGUCUGCGACGGAUAACCCUGCACAAGUCCAUGUCGGCGGGUGACAAGACCUACCUGCUCGUGUGCGAGUGCUCGCAGCUGCAGGAGAACCUCUCGGCCGCGGCGAUACUGCUGCCGGCCCUUCGCGCCCGACUCUGCGGCUACGUCGGUCUCUACAGGCCGUCGGUCUGCUUCUGAGUUCUUUAUCGUCGAAUAAUCUUUUUCAUCGCUCCAGCGUGUCGAGUGCUCUUCGUGAUGCUGCACGAUAGUGACUAUGAACUAAGAAAAGUGGCUUUGCGGCUCGUCUUCGUCUAACGUCCACCUGUAGCUUCGUAAUGCAAUUUAUAUGAAACUACCGUCGGCGAUUGAAACUCCUCCGUACGAUAUUAGCGCGUCACACGUUUAUGCACAUAACCAUACAAUGCGAUAUGUGCCAUUUUUACCGGUGUGAUCCUUAAAAUAUUGAAAAUUAAAAUUUAAUAUGUGUGAGGAUGCAAGUCAAAACAAAAAGAUCGAUAUUAUAAUACACAAUAAACGAAACGUCCGCAUAUCACGCAUAUCGUUAUUUCGGCAUUAAUUCGGCAAUACGUGCCCGGGGAGACUACUCGUUAUACACCCCAAAACACUAUCUCAUCAAAACGAGAUAAUGCAAGUCCUGCAAAUUAAAAUGUGAAAAUAUUGGCCUCUUGAAUAUGUGCCGAUAAGUCGAUAUUUUUAUAUAGCUAAUUACUUUUAUUGGGGAAUUAAUUAAUAUAGCUGACCAACUCUGGUAUCAUUAUCAAAAGGGAACACAAAUUAAAUUAGUAUAUUUGUUAUACAUACUAAUUAAUGUAUCAUCUUAGGCCUUGUAUUAUACAUUAUAUUUUACGUAGAGUUACAUUUUUAAUAAUUACUCUCAUAGAAGUCUGUACUUAUUACUGUAUUGUAGUCAAGAUUGAAUAGUGCAAGUGAUCAAACAAUGAUAUCAUUGGAUCUACUUAAAUACUAGAUUUAUUCAAGAAGUCUAACACAUAAUACUCCUAGUACAAAGAUCAAAAUAACUAUGUAGAAACGAUGAACCUGAAAGCCUAUCCUAUAUAGAGACAAUAUAGUAUUAUUUAUAAGAAAUGCAUAUAGGAAGCACAGGCGUAAUUUUAAUUUAUAUUAUGAAUAGUUAUUGUAUUUAGAAAUUUGAAUCUACUAGCAUAUUAAAAUUUUUUUAAAACGUCACUAAUCUUUAUCAAAAGUCUAAUUUAAAGCCCUUUGGAAAAGAGGCUUUGCAAUUGAGUACUGUGAUUUUUGUGCAUCACAAUGAAAUGCACAUGUGUAAGUGUAAAUAAAAGUAUAUUGCAUAACAUUUGACAACUGUGAUUGCUUUCUGUCAAUAAGCAAUUCGAAUCUUACAUAUUGUUAACGAAAUUUAUUAUUACUUCUAUACAUAUUUUAUUUUAUUGUAUAAAAUUAUUUAUAGUAUUUGAACUAAAGAAAAACCAUUUUCCAUAUCUUCUGCAAUAUAGGUGUAAAACUUUUAAAAAUAGCAAAAAUAAAAUUACGACAGGUAGACAGAUAUAUUGUUAUAA